AUUUCUUCUUUCUCUCAUCGCUCGGUGAAUUCGAGGAUCGUCGAGCUUUUUGAUCGGAGACUUUUUUCUCUCAUCAUCAUCAUCAUCGUUUGAAUUCUCCGGCCAAGAGAUGCUUGCUUGACGACAAACCUCCACCGAUCUUUUGCCUUUUUGCACAACAAGUAAGAGAAGGAUGUCGACUCCAGCGAGGAAGAGAUUGAUGAGGGAUUUCAAGAGGUUGCAGCAAGACCCACCUGCUGGAAUUAGUGGUGCUCCACAAGACAACAAUAUCAUGUUGUGGAAUGCUGUUAUAUUCGGGCCUGAUGAUACCCCUUGGGAUGGAGGUACUUUCAAACUCUCGCUGCAGUUUUCGGAAGAUUAUCCAAAUAAACCACCAACAGUUCGGUUUGUUUCACGGAUGUUCCAUCCAAACAUUUAUGCUGAUGGGAGUAUAUGCUUGGACAUUCUCCAAAACCAAUGGAGUCCAAUAUACGAUGUCGCUGCUAUACUAACCUCCAUUCAGUCAUUGCUCUGUGAUCCUAAUCCGAAUUCUCCUGCAAAUUCGGAAGCUGCACGAAUGUUCAGUGAAAGCAAGCGCGAGUACAACAGAAGAGUCCGCGAGGUUGUUGAACAAAGCUGGACUGCCGACUAGUAAUUAUAUUUGCUGUAGCAUUUGUUUUCAGAUAACAUUAAACCUCGUCUCUUGUGUUUGAUUCCACCAACACGUCGCUCCCACUCUCUUUCAUGUCUUUGUGUGUUUUUCAAACUCUGUGAUUUGUUUCUUUUGAUGUUUCUAUGUAUUUUCGUAACCACAUUCAUCUCAUAAUAUUAUCAUAUGUAUUUUCAAUUCGAUCAUUCUCGCAGUUCUUCUUUUGCUAUUUAUUUUAUACAAAAGAUUCAAACUUAAUUAAUAGAAGAUAUGUCAUGUAAUCCAUGAAACUACAUAUUGACUUGUUAUUUCUAUACUUUUUUGUCUCUUUAUGAUCAUUUCAUCCAUAUUUUGCCUUCAUGGAGGAUUGACGAUUCCCAUUGCUUGUUCUCCAUUCUUGUUGCACUUGAAUUGUUACUGCAGAUUCCAUACAACAUCUUCUAUCACAGAUGGAUCUGCUAAGCUGCUCAAUAAUAUGGUUCAUCUCUUAAACCGUUCUCCAGCUUCAAGAAAUAGCAUAAAGGUUUCAAAUUCUAAGCCAUGUUGGAUUAAUAAAGAUUAAAAAGUUCU